CGGGGGUCCUCCGGAGCAAAUGCAAGCCUGUGCGAACAGCUCCCUCCUCCAGCUCCAGCCCAGCCUCUCUCAAGCGCUGCAUCGGAGACCCCCCAGGAUCUGGAUCCGGUGACCCACUGAAGAGAUGGCUGUGCAUUUCAAAAAGGAGGAAGAGGAGGAGGCCUGGGCGCCCCUGGAUCCUGACCGGGCGGCUCUGCAUGGAGAAGUCAAGGAGAAAAAGGGCAGGAUCCUGGACUCACUCGGUGACCAAGGGGCAACUGAGGAAACGGAAGAACUAUGGGGGGUGUCGCUGGAAAAAGAACGGUGUGGAAAGAGGAGACAGCCAGCAAGAAAAGCAAAUCAGGGGAGGGAAAAACCCUUCGCUUCCCAGGGCAGUGGCUGCCUUGAAAUCGCAACCCCAGAAAAAACUGAUAAAAGAAAGAAGACCAGUCAAUGCCUCGUGUGUCAGAAAAGCUUCAGUUCUAGGUCUAAACUCAGAGCUCAUUGCAAAAUCCACAAAGGGGAGGAACCCUAUAAAUGCUUGGAGUGCGGAAAAAGCUUCAGUUGGUUCACAAACCUCAGCAGGCAUCAAAGAACUCACACAGCGGGGAAAGUGCACCCAUGCCUGGAGUGUGGAAAGAGCUUCAGUUCGAACUCGGACCUUAGGAAGCAUCAGAUAAUCCACACGGGGAAGAAACCCUAUAAAUGCCUGGAGUGCGGGAAAAGCUUCAGUCGCAGCACAACCCUCAUCGUGCAUCAAAGCCUCCACACUGGGGAGAAGCCUUACCAAUGCCUGGAGUGUGGGAAGAGCUUCAGUCAGAAGAUGUAUGUCACUCGUCAUCAGAGAAUUCACACUGGGGAGAAACCCUAUAAAUGUGCGGAGUGUGGGAAGAACUUCACGGUGAGGACGAGCCUGACUGCUCAUCAGAGAAUUCACACAGGGGAGAAACCGUAUAAGUGUGCAGAGUGCGGGAAGAGCUUCAGUCACAACUCAAGCCUAACUAUGCACCAGAGGACUCACAUGGCAGAGAAACCGUACCAAUGCUCGGAAUGUGGAAAGAGUUUCAGCGUCAAAAUUAGUCUUACUUAUCACGAAAGGAUUCACACAGGGGAGAAACCGUAUACGUGCUCGGAGUGUGGGAAGAGCUUUAGUCAGAGCUCAGCCCUCUCCACACAUCAGAGAAUUCACACGGCCGAGAAACCCUAUAAAUGUGCAGAGUGUGGAAAGAGCUUCAGUCAGAACGCCGACCUUAUUACCCAUCAGAGAAUCCACACAGGGGAAAAGCCAUAUAAGUGCUCGGAGUGCGGAAAGAGCUUCCGUUUGAGCACGGGCCUCAGUAACCAUCACCGGAUUCACACGGGGGAGAAACCCUACGAAUGCCUGCAGUGUGGUAAAAGCUUCAACAACAGCACAACCCUCAGUAUGCAUCAGAGGACUCACUCCGAAGAGAAACCGUAUAAAUGCUUGGAGUGUGGAAAGAGCUUCUGCUCUAGCACAAUCCUCAUGUACCAUCAAGCAACUCACUCGGAGGAGGAGCCCUAUAAAUGCUUGGUGUGUGGAAAGAGCUUCAACCUGAACAAAGACCUCACUUCUCAUCAGAGAAUCCACCUAGAGGAGAAGCCGUACAGAUGCCUGGAGUGCGGAAAGAGCUUCAAUCAGAAGAUUAAUCUCACGUUUCAUCAAAGAAUCCACACAGGGGAGAAGCCGUAUCAAUGCUCGGAGUGCGGAAAGAGCUUCAAUUUUCGCUCAGCUCUUACUUUACAUCAAAGAGUACACACAGGAGAGAAACCUUUUACUUGUUCCGAGUGUGGAAAGAGCUUCAGUCAAUGUGGCCAGCUUACUAGGCAUCAAAGAACUCAUACAGGGGAGAAACCGUAUACAUGUUCCGAGUGUGGAAAGAGCUUUAUUUGGAGGAACAGCCUUAUGUUGCAUCAACGAACUCAUACAGGGGAGAAACCGUAUAAAUGCUUGGAGUGUGGAAAGAGCUUCAGUCAGAGUAGUUCCCUCACCUUGCAUCUACGAACUCAUACAGGAGAGAAACCUUAUAAAUGUUCAGAGUGUGGAAAGAGCUACAGUCACUGUGGUGCCCUUACCUCGCAUCAAAGAACUCAUACAGGGGAGAAACCGUAUACAUGUUCGGAGUGUGGAAAGAGUUUCAGUGACAAUGGUACCCUUACCUCGCAUCAAAGAUCUCAUACAGGGGAGAAACCGUAUACAUGUUCAGAGUGUGGAAGGAGCUUCAGUCAGAGUAGCGCACUUAAGUCGCAUCAAAGAACUCAUACAGGGGAGAAACUGCAUACGUGUUUGGAGUGUGGAAUGAGCUUCACUCGCAGCAAUGGGCUUUCUAGACAUCAACAAACUCAUCGAGGCAGCAAACCUUAUAAAUGCUGGCAAUGUGGCAAGAGCUUCAGUCGCAUUGACUACCUUUCCUCGCAUGAAAGAGUUCAUACAGGGGAGAAACAAUAUACAUGUUUGGAGUGUGGAAAGAGCUUCAGCUACAGUUGCAGCCUUACCUUGCAUCAAAGAUUGCACACGGGAGAGAAACCUUAUAAAUGUUUGGAGUGUGGGAAGAGCUUCUGUCGCGGUAGCCAACUCACGUUGCAUCAACGAACUCAUACAGGGGAGAAACCGUAUACAUGUUCGGAGUGUGGAAAAAGCUUCCGGUGUAGUAGCUCCCUUAAGUUACAUGAAAGAACUCAUACAGGAGAGAAACCGUAUACAUGUUUAGAGUGUGGAAGGAGCUUCAGUCGGAGUAGCUCCCUUAAGUCGCAUCAAAGAACUCAUACAGGGAUUAAAUCUUAGAAAUGUUUGGUGUAUG